GCCUGAGCAGGUCUGGAGGUAUUUUACAGCGAUGGCUUUCUACAAAGUGAUGUGUUUGGCUGCUGGGCUGAUGCUCCUGACCCAAGAGUCUGAGUCACAGCUGGAUGUUUGUGGUCAGGCGGCUCUGAACACCAGGAUUGUAGGAGGACAGGUGGCCCCUGUUGGCAGCUGGCCCUGGCAGGUCAGUCUGCAAAUAUCUGGGUCCUUCUGUGGAGGAUCCCUCAUUAACAGUCAGUGGGUGCUGACUGCUGCUCACUGCUUUCAAACCACCGACCCGAGCGGACUGACUGUGACUCUGGGCCGUCAGACUCUACAGGGAUCUAAUCCCAAUGCAGUGUCUCAGACAGUAACAAAGAUCAUUCCACAUCCAAACUACAACUCUGAUACCAACGACAACGACAUCUGCCUCCUGCAGCUCUCCUCAUCUGUGAAUUUCAACAACUACAUUUCUCCCGUCUGCCUGGCAGCUUCAAACAGCACCUUCUACAGCGGUGUUAACAGCUGGGUCACUGGCUGGGGCAACACUGAAGAAGGAGGCACUGUUUCACAAAACCUGAUGGAGGUGGAGGUUCCUGUUGUGGGAAACAGGCAGUGUAACUGUAACUAUGGAGUGGGAAGAAUCACUGACAACAUGAUCUGUGCCGGGUUAAGUGCAGGAGGAAAGGACUCCUGUCAGGGGGAUUCAGGAGGUCCAAUGGUGAGCAAGCAGAACGGUCGCUGGAUUCAGGCGGGAGUCGUCAGUUUUGGAACCGGUUGUGCCAGACCGAAUCUUCCAGGAGUCUACACCAGAGUAUCCCAGUACCAGACCUGGAUCAACAGCCAGAUCUCCUCCAACCAGCCGGGCUUCAUGACGUUCACGUCCACUGGGACCAACAGUGACCUCAGUGUCUCCUGCACCACUACUACCACCACCACCACUACAACGACCACCACCACCACAACUCCUACAACCACUACAACUUCCACCACUACAACCACCUCCUCUGCAAAAGCCACCACACCUACAACCACCACACCUACAACCACAUUACCUCCAACCACUCCCCAACCGGUGGUCUGUGGACAAGCUCCAAGAAAUUCUGGCAUUCUGGGAGGAACCUCAGAUGUGACAGCCGGCUCGUGGCCGUGGAUGGCGAGCUUACAGAAGAAUGGAAGUCACGUGUGCGGUGGGACUCUGGUGGCCUUGGACUCAGUGCUGAGCAACGCCAACUGUUUCUCAAGCUCCCCUGUAGCGUCCGAGUGGACUGUCGUGUUGGGGCGUCUGAAGCUAAAUGGAUCCAACCCCUUUGAGGUGACGCUGAAUGUGACAAAUAUCACUCUGAGCAACACGACCGGGACCAACAUAGCCAUCCUCCAUCUAUCUGCCCAGCCCACCCUGACCGACUACAUCCAGCCCAUCUGCUUGGACAACGGGAGAACCUUCACCGAGGGCUUGGCGUGCUGGGCAGCCGGUUGGAGUCCUGGAAGAGGAGGAGCUGAGGAAGUUAUGCAGCAGUUUCAGACCUCGGUGGUAAACUGUGGGAGCUCAUCAUCGAGUGGGAGCAUCUGUACAGACGUGUUUACACUGCAGCAGGGUGAUUCUGGCGGCCCGCUGAUGUGUAAGCAGGGCGGCUCUUGGUUCCAGGCGGUCGUGUUACCACCUCCAAGCCCCUUUGCCAGGAGAAGACGACAAACUCUAGUUAUGAACUUCACCAGAGUGAGCUCCUUUGGUACCUUCCUGACAAAGACGCUGGGGACACUCUUGUCUCCAGCCUCCACGACCACCACCACCAACCCCACCAGCACCUCUAACACCACCACCAACACCACCACAACUACCUCAAACCCCGUAUCACAAAGCAGCGGGGGUCGUCCUGCUCACUCCUUCAUCGUUGUCUUCUUCCAUCUCAUCAGCCUCGUCUUUUGUCUCCAACUCUUCCUGUAGAGAGUCUGACUUGAUUGACAUGAUGUGAUGGACACAAAUGAAUGUGAACAAGCUUCGACUCUAAGACUUUACAGGCUUAAAGCUCUGCCUGCUAAUUUUGACUUGAUUCUUAACUGGUUAUCUGCAGAGAGCUCAGUGGUGACGUUUGGGCGAGUUUACUGUCGGCUAACGGCGACUUAGGUGCACCAGUUCCAAGAAAAGGAAGCUGGUUGUGCAAUGUGUGGCUUGAGCUCUGACUCACAGGGGCUUUGAGCUGGACUCUGGUUUAAGGGUGUAAAAAUGAAGAAGUUCUUUAAACUUGCACUGAACAUUAAACUGUAGCUCAA